AUGACCUCAGCCACUCCCCCUUCCUCAGAGGGCUCCUCCCCCCAGAAAGUCUGCCACUCCCAGACGCAGACGGACAUCACCAAGCCCCUGCUGGGCUCCACCGGGGGGGCCGGGGGGGCCGCUGCAGAGGACCCAGGCGCCGGGGGGCCCAGCGCCCUGCGGAGGAGACGCCGUGUCCUCUCCAAAGACGGACGAAGCAACGUGCGCAUCGAGCACGUGAGCGGGAGGGGCGCCCUCUACCUCCGCGACCUCUGGACGACCUUCCUCGACAUGCAGUGGCGCUACAAGUUCUUCCUCUUCUCCGCCACCUUCGCUGGGACCUGGUUCGUGUUCGGAGUGCUCUGGUACCUGGUGGCCCUGGUGCAUGGAGACCUGCUGGAGUUCGACCCCCCCUCCAACCACACCCCCUGUGUGAUGGAGGUGAAGACCCUGACCGGGGCCUUCCUCUUCUCUCUGGAGUCUCAGACCACGAUCGGCUACGGGUUCCGCUGCAUCACGGAGGAGUGUCCUGCCGCCAUCGUCCUGCUCAUCUUUCAGCUGGUCAUCACCAUGGUCAUGGAGAUCUUCAUCACCGGCACCUUCCUCGCCAAGGUGGCGCGUCCCAAGAAAAGAGGCGAGACGGUGAAGUUCAGUCAACAAGCUGUGGUGUCCAAUCACGAGGGACGUCCCUGCCUCAUGAUCCGAGUGGCCAACAUGCGCAAGAGCCUGUUGUUGGGCUGCCAGGUGACGGGGAAGCUGCUCCAGACGUCUCUGACGAAGGAGGGCGAGACGGUUCGGCUGGACCAGCGGAACGUCCCCUUCCAGGUGGACACGUCCAGCGACAGCCCCUUCCUCAUCAUCCCCCUGACCUUCUACCACAUCAUCGACGACAGCAGCCCCCUCAGGGCCUGGGCAGCUAAAGGCGGCGGCUGGACCGACCCGGAGCUGGCGGACUUCGAGCUGCUGGUGAUCCUGAGCGCCACCGUGGAGCCGACCUCCGCCACCUGCCAGGUGCGGACCUCCUACCUCCCGGACGAGAUCCUCUGGGGCUACGAGUUCCCCCCCGUCGUGUCCCUGUCCCCCUCGGGGAAGUACGUGGCUGAUUUUGCCUUCUUUGAAAAAGUGGCCAAAACCCAGUCCCCGCUCUUCACCAAGCCGGCCCUGCCGCCGGGCCCGCAGGCGUCCCGCCGCCGCGGCAGCAAGGAGGACGGGACGGACCCGGAGAAGAUGAGACUGGAGGAGAUCUACAGGGGGGAGGAGAGGGGCCGGGAGAGGGGGAGGCCGAGGGAGAGCAGCCCGCGGAGCGUGAGGAUCAGCAACGUGUGAGACGACGGAAAGUAGAUCUGAAACUGAGAUCAAAGGCAAAGACAGAAAAACAGAACCAAGCUGCUGAAGAAGUCGUGAUCAAAACAUUCUGCCUACGCAUAUUCAAAAUGUGCAGCAGGCGGCAGGAAGUGAAGCACCUGGGCCUCCAGUCUGCAGAGAAGACACUGAAGACAACUGCACCCCCCUUCACAGGGUUAACACAACAUCAACACAACCUGUCACUGAGGGAAACACACAAAGUCUCUUCACGCCCUUUCUGUACCACCAGAUUCUAAUGGAAACACUUUUCUACAGAAAUAAAAAUUUAAUAAAAAACACAAAAGUUAAAUUCCUUGAAACUUUUACUAAAAAAAGACUAAAUAGAUUUUUAUUGGUCUUUGACGCGGUUGUAUAAGAAGACCUGAUGAAAGGAUUCUCUCAGUGAAUCUAUCGUCUCUUCACAGAAUCACUGUACUGUUUCUUUUUAUUAAUUAAAAACCUGUAAAAGGUGGAGAAAAUACUGGAAGCGUAUUAUUUUUCUAACGACUGAUUUUAAAGGAAUGUAUGAUAUCUUAUGUGCGUAGUCGUUUCUAACACAACUUACACCUGAACAUAUUGAUCUCUUUGAUCUGAGCGUCCUUGUUUAUUGAGGUAAACACGUUUAGUAAUUUUACUAAAAAGCACUUUAACUUGAAAGAAAAGUGGCAUUUUACACCAGAUGAGUAACUGAACUAACUUUGAAACUUAAUGCACUGUAUUGAAUUAUUAAACCUGUGGUUGUGUUGGGGGGGGGCUGUGGUCGUGCUUUGUGAGCAUGAUAAUAAUCUUUGUAUGAACCUGUUUUAAUUUGAAAGGAACCUCUGUACAGGAUGUGAAGAAGUUGAGUUUCCCACGUUCUUUAUGUCCUGAAAACUUUGUACUGAAUUUAAAUUUAAAUCCUUUAACUGUUGUUGAGGCACGAUAUCGUUUCUGUCAAAUCUUUUCACUGCUGUGCCUCAUGAAGAGUGUCAGUGAAAUCUGCGACCCCCUUCUCUCCUUCCACUGUGCAUGGAAAUACUCAUUUGAAAAUUAAAUGAUGGUGCUAUGGUAAAUUAAUAGAUUAACACAUCUGUGGAAUCAUUUCUGAAGCAAAGAGAUGAGGAGCAUCUGAGUUUCUUCUGCUUGUUUGUUUCACUGGCCAACAAAACAUUUUAUUCAAAAACAUAACAUCAUAACAUCGCCUGAAGUUCAUCGCAGCGAAUAUUAAAAUACCUCUAACCCUAUAACAAAUAUAUAAAGCACCAAGUUUGAGUUUUCAAGUGAAUCCAGGACGUUAAAGUGUUUAUUUG